UCUCCUCUACCUGGUCCAUCCGGUCCACCUUCUUCCCCUCCCCCAUCUUCCCUUCCCCCUUCUUCUCCACCCGCGCCGUUCUCUGAUUUUGGUGACGAAGAGGAUGUAGGUGAUGAUGAGGGGGAUGAUGAAGACGAGGAGGAAGGAGACGGUGAAGAUCUCUUUGCGGACAAUAUGGAAGCGGACUACGAAUCAAAUCCCGCUUUGGAUCAAUAUUCCGAAGCAGACAUUGAUGAUCGAUCCUCGAUCCCUGAACUCUCUCGAGCAGAUCGUCUGGCUGCCGAACGCGCAAUGGAAAGACGUGAUCGUGGUCUACCCGGUCGCAGAGCUGGACGAAGAGAUCACAUGCCUGCUUUCCUGCAAAGCGACGACGACGAGGCAGCUGGAUAUGGAGAUGGUCUCCUCGCGGGGAUUAACGUUCGUCGGAGAAGACGACAGUAUGAUGAACGUAUGGAUGAAGAUGAUGUGGAGGAAGAAGAUGAAAUGUCUUUGGAACAUCUUGGAGAUGUCAAGGCAGCUUCUAUCGCAGAAUGGGUUUCCAUCGACGCUGUGCGUCGGGCUAUCCAGAAGCAUUUUAGAAGUUUUCUCAUGACUUAUGUGGAUGAGAAUGGACAGUCGGUGUAUGGUCAACGUAUCAAGCACUUAGGAGAGAUAAACUCUGAAUCCCUCGAAGUCUCUUACCUCCAUCUCGGACAGUCCCGUCCCAUCCUUGCAUACUUUCUCGCCAACUCGCCACAACCAAUGUUGCAACUCUUUGAUACUGUCGCUCUUGACGCCAUCCUACUAUACUACCCUUCUUAUGAUCAAAUCCAUUCCGAGAUACAUGUCCGUAUUACCGAAUUACCGUCCGCUUUGUCCCUGAGAGACCUCCGUCAAACCAAUCUCAAUUGUCUUGUCAGAGUCUCUGGCGUGGUCACACGUCGCACGGGCGUUUUCCCGCAACUCAAAUAUGUCAAAUUUGAUUGUGGCAAAUGUGGAGCUGUUCUCGGACCUUUUUAUCAAGAUACGACCAAGGAAUUGAAAAUCUCUUUUUGCUCAGCAUGCGAAAGUAGAGGACCUUUCGUGGUGAAUUCGGAACAGACGGUAUACAGGAAUUAUCAGAAGAUGACUUUGCAAGAAUCACCUGGUAGUGUCCCUGCUGGUCGAUUGCCACGACAUCGAGAAGUGGUUUUGCUUUGGGAUUUGAUCGAUGUUGCCAAACCUGGUGAAGAGGUCGAAGUGACGGGCAUUUACCGUAACAACUUUGACGCUUCGCUCAACACUAAAAAUGGUUUCCCGGUAUUCUCCACUGUACUCGAGGCGAAUCACAUCAACAAGAAGGAAGAUCUUUACGCUGCCACUCGUCUGACUGAAGAAGAUGAAAAGCUCAUUCGACAAAUGGCUAAAGAUGAACGUAUCUCCAAAAGAAUUGUCAAAUCCAUCGCACCUUCCAUCUAUGGACAUGACGACAUCAAAACUGCUCUUGCUUUAUCUCUCUUCGGUGGGGUACCGAAAGAUAUCAACCGCAAGCAUCGUAUCCGAGGUGAUAUCAACGUACUUCUUCUCGGUGAUCCCGGUACCGCCAAAUCUCAGUUCUUGAAAUACGUCGAAAAGACGGCCGGAAGAGCAGUCUUCACCACUGGUCAAGGUGCCAGUGCCGUCGGUCUUACCGCUUCGGUCAGAAGAGACGCUGUGACACGUGAAUGGACUUUGGAAGGUGGAGCUUUGGUACUCGCCGACAAAGGACAUUGUCUCAUCGACGAAUUUGACAAGAUGAACGAUGCUGAUAGAACUUCAAUUCACGAAGCAAUGGAACAACAAAGUAUUUCCAUUUCUAAAGCUGGUAUCGUCACUUCACUUCAAGCUCGAUGUGCCAUAAUAGCAGCUGCCAAUCCGAUCAGAGGAAGAUACAAUCCUACUAUACCAUUUCAACAAAACGUCGAAUUGACCGAACCUAUCUUAUCGAGAUUCGACGUACUUUGCGUCGUAAAAGAUGCAGUCGAUCCUGUUCAAGAUGAAAUGUUGGCCAAAUUCGUGGUUGGAUCUCAUCUUCGUUCUCAUCCUCAAUUCGUUCCUGAACAAGAUGAACAUAACGUUUCGACAAGUGUUGACGCUGAUAUAAUACCUCAAGAUAUGUUAAGAAAAUAUAUCAUGUAUGCGAAAGAACAUAUCCGACCGAAAUUACAUCAAUUAGAUCAAGAUAAAUUGGCUAGGUUGUAUGCGGAUCUGAGAAGGGAAUCUUUGGCUACUGGUUCUUUCCCUAUAACUGUCAGACAUUUGGAAAGUAUGAUCAGGAUGAGUGAAGCUAGUGCGAAGAUGAAUUUGAGAGAGUAUGUAAGGGCGGAUGAUAUAGAUUUAGCUAUACAAGUUACAGUUGGAAGUUUUGUCAAUGCUCAGAAAAUGUCCAUCAAGAAGACUUUGGAGAGGGGCUUCCGGAAAUACGUUCAUCAAGCAACAGAUCACGAAGAACUUUUGUCUUUCCUCCUUGGUCAAAUUGUCAAAGAACGAGUCCAACUGUAUCGUCAUCAAAGGGGCACCAACCCCGAGACGGUUUCGAUCAAAGUGUCACAACUCGAACAAAGAGCCAAGGAUCUGGAGAUCUACGAUGUGGGACCUUUCUUACGUAGUAAAUUAUUUGGUACGAACGGAUACAAGCUUAAUGCGGAAGCUGGGAGUAUUGAAAAGGUGUUCACGAGGGUUGAGACUUAGUGUGAAGGUUGGGGGUCGUUAGGGGGAUCUUAGGCCGAGUGAGAUUAGUCAAAGUGCCACAUGCCACAUUCGUUUUGU